UAACCUCAUUUCACACCUCUAUCAACAUAAUUACAAGUAUUUAACAAGCUCUAAUUUUAUUUUGGAAGGUGAUUAAGGAAAUAAUAAACAUGCAAAAUUCCAUAAGUUUUUGCUUCCUUUUAUUCCUUACUAUAUCCACGGUCUCCAUGGCAUCCAAUCUUCAGGUUGGUUUCUAUGGACAAAGUUGUCCGUCUGUAGAACAAGUAGUAAGGAAGGUUGUAUACAAGGCCAUUUCUCAAAAUCCGGGAUUGGGAGCUGGCCUUAUUCGGAUGCAUUUUCAUGACUGCUUUGUUAGGGGAUGUGAUGCAUCAGUCCUACUAGACUCAACACCGGGCAAUCCAGCAGAGAAAGAACACCCAGCAAACUUCCCAAGUCUAAGAGGGUAUGAAGUCAUCGACGAGGCUAAGACAAAGCUUGAAUCCCAAUGCCCAAACACAAUCUCUUGUGCAGAUAUCAUAGCCUUUGCAGCUCGAGACAGUUCCUUAAGACUAGGAGGGAUCUACUACGCAGUACAAUCAGGACGAAGAGACGGAACAAUCUCAAACAUUUCUGAACCAACUACAAAUGUCCCUCCACCUUUCUUCAACUUACAACAACUCGAAGAAAGUUUUAAGAGGAAAGGCCUUUCAUUAGAAGAAAUGGUCGUCCUUUCGGGAGCUCAUUCAAUCGGAGUCACACAUUGUUCCGCCUUCAACGAAACUCACCCAUAUUACCCUUCUUUAGAUCCUAGCUUAGCCAAAGUAUUAAGGGAAAAAUGCCCUAAUUAUCCUUCUACUAAUGCUAAUAAUGAUCCAACGGUUCCCCUUGAUUUUGUUACGCCAAAUAAGUUGGAUAAUUUGUACUACAAAGACUUGCAAAAUAAUAGGGCGUUGUUAAACUCGGAUCAAGCUCUUAUGACUACGCCACCAACGGUAGAGAUGGUGAGGAAAUUCGGGUCGCAAGGUGGAGUUUGGGCUAACAAGUUUGCUAAUGCCAUGGUUCAUAUGGGUUCUAUUGAGGUGCUUACUGGCACUGAGGGAGAGAUUAGGAGGAAUUGUAGGGUUGUUAAUUACUAUAAUUAAUUAGUACUACGUACAAUGUAUUUGUUUAAUUUUCUUGUACAUUAUAAGUAUUGUUUGCUAUAGUAUAAACCAUUCUUCAAUCAUAUUUAGAGAAAAUAAUGUGAAAAUUCAAAGAAUCAAAGGAUGAAUUGAGUGAAUAAUAAGUUUUGACGUGUUUGAUACAUUGUACAAGGAGAUUAUAAUUAUAACUCAUGCUAUAUUAGUCGUUGUAUUUUCGUGCA